CGACUCUGGCUGUCUGCGCUGUUUGCAGUGUCUCGGACGCAUUAUUGGUAAAGACCCCGCGUGCGGCCUCAACAGUGAACUGCACCACGCCAACCCCUCUCUGCCCACUUCUGUCAACCCCACCGGCUCCCCUCCUCCUUCGUCAUCGCUCCUGAGUCCUCAACCUCAUCAAGUCCACCACGACCUCAAUCUCUUCUUCUUCUUCUCUCCUCUCCUCAUCAUCCCUAGUAUCCAAUUGCUUCGCCGCAUCGCAUUCCAACUACACCCAACUCACCAUCAUGUCUAGCGGAAAGACCUUCAAGCUCAGCAACGGCGUCACCAUCCCCGCCGUCGGUUUCGGUACCUUCGCCAGCGAGGGCGCCUCCGGUGAGACCUACCGCGCCGUCAAGAAGGCCCUCGAGGUCGGAUACAGGCACUUGGACUGCGCCUGGUUCUACCAGAACGAGGACGAGGUUGGCGAUGCCGUUCGCGACUUCCUCAAGGAGAACCCCUCUGUCAAGCGCGAGGACAUCUUCAUCUGCACCAAGGUCUGGAACCACCUUCACCGUCCCGAGGACGUUCGCUGGUCGAUCGAGGACUCCCUGAAGAAGCUCAAGACCGACUAUGUCGACCUCUUCCUUAUCCACUGGCCCAUUGCCGCCGAGAAGGAAAGCCAGGACAAGCCUAAGAUCGGCCCUGAUGGAAAGUACGUUAUUUUGAAGGACCUGACCGAGGACCCCAAGCCUACUUGGCAGGCGAUGGAGAAGUUGUACGAAGACAAGCUGGCCCGCUCCAUUGGUGUCUCCAACUGGACCAUUGAAGGCCUCGAGAAGCUCCUCAAGUACGCCAAGGUCAAGCCUCAUGUCAACCAGAUCGAAAUCCACCCCUUCCUCCCCAACGAGGAGCUCAUCCAGUACUGCUGGAAGAACGACAUCCUGCCCGAGGCCUACUCCCCUCUGGGCUCGCAGAACCAGGUCCCUACGACCGGUGAGCGUGUCAGCGAGAACAAGACCCUCAACGAGAUUGCCCAGAAGGGCGGCAACACCCUCGCUCAGGUCCUCAUUGCAUGGGGUCUGCGCCGUGGCUACGUCGUCCUGCCCAAGAGCUCCAACCCCGCGCGCAUUGAGUCCAACUUCAAGACCAUCGAGCUGUCCGACGAGGACUACGAGGCCGUCAACGCUGUCGCCAAGGGCCGUCACUUCCGCUUCGUCAACAUGAAGGACACCUUUGGCUACGACGUAUGGCCCGAGGAGACCGCCAAGAACAUCUCCGCCUAAAUGGUUACACGAUUCUCUGUUUUGGGUGGCUGGUAGGGAUUUUUUUUUUUCUGUUUGGAUUUGGUAGCGGCUUCAUGUUAUGCAGGUCAUAGCCGCAGCUCGUCCAUUCUCCUCUCUUCUUACCCUCGGCUAUAUCUACGGAUUUGCUACCGAGACCGAAGUAGCAGGAGGGCAUGUGAGCCGAGCGAAGCCAGGAAACGAUGUAAACGAAACUGAAGAACUAGCUUUCUCUAGCUUGAACUUGGGAUAGAACGAAAUUACAUUAGAGUGUAUCUCAUUUACC